UCAUGGGGCACAGGGAUGUGUUCUCUCUUAGAUCAUAAUCUCUUGCUUGUUUAUAUUCAAAGUAGUGACUUUCGCAGGUUAUUUUAACUUUUUUUGCUGAAGAAUGGCUUGAAACGGGAAUGUCGGCUCUUCAGGUUCUUUAUUGUUUCACUUCUAAAGACACCCGCGAAGGCAUCCCAUAAUGUCAACAAACUCCUGCUAAGUGACUAUCCGUGAAAUCUGAAACCGAAUUACCGGUUAUGGAUAACAAAGCUUUUGAUAGCUUUUGGAUCGAAGGCAUUUGACCAAACAAACCAAGUCAACACCAGUUAACAAGUGUUUCACGAUGGAUCUCUGCAAAACUCCUAACACCUGAAAGUUGGCACCUCGAGCUCCGUCUAGUUAUCACCGGUAGUUAACCUCAUGAAAGGUGCUAACCUCACCGGUUAUUUUAUCCAAGCCGGCAUACGUUGCAGGUAGGUAAUCUGAGAGUUUUUAAAAUUCCUUUGUUAAUAUCGGUAGUCUAACUGCUUAUGGCAUCCCGACCGGACGAACUCGGCCCACGAUUUAAAGACAAAAAUGCAUGGUCUGUUUUUCAUCAUUUUUGCUACCAUAACACGACGUUUAAACUUGGCACAAGUUGAGCAGAGCUUCAAUUCUUCAUUUAACAAGCAACCAGAAGAAAACCACGCGACAUUUGAGACUUCUAGGAAAAUUUCUGCUCUUAAUUCUACAAAACUUUAUGCUCUUAAACAUUCGAUGGAAAAGAACCCGUUUGGGAUCUGGUAUUAUAAAGAUAAAUUCAAGUCUUUGGAAGAUAUGUCUUUGUCUUCAGAGCUUUAUAAUAACCAGAUUGUUGAACGACAAACAACAAAAAGUCGUCUUCAAAAUGUUAUGACGAGAGUUUUACUCGGCCAAAACAUCGGCGUUGCAGUCAUGGGCGGAUCGAUCUCGGCUGGCGGUGGACUGAUCAGCGAUUACUCCGAUCUAAAAGGCAUCUACUACCGAGUGUUUAUCGAUUGGUGGCAGAAGGCGGUAAAACCGUUCACGGAAUCGAGCAUUAGACUUCGUAAUCUUGCUGUUGGAGGAACUGGUAGCAACUUUUUCUCUUUUUGUUACAAGACCUUAAUGAAAUCCGAAGACAACAUGGACAUCGUGUUCCUCGAGUUUUCAGUCAAUGAUUACAUGCUUUUUAAAGAUUCUCACUUUCCAAGGGCGUUCUCUCUGGAGGAACUUACAAGAGAACUAUUGAGUGAAGAACGUUUACCUGCUAUCAUGUUUGUAAACUUUAUUAAAGCGGAAAAUUUUGUUCCUGAGUGUAAUAAUCUGGAGAAUCACGGACAGACAAUGCUUGCCUGGCAUUAUGGAAUUACAAGCCUCAGCAUGCGUGAAUCACUAUGCCCAAACACGGGAAAUAAAAAAUGUCCUGCCAUGUUCUCAUCUGAUGGUCAACACGCCGGGAUUAUUCCACAUGCACAAAUCGCAAUGAUGAUCAUUGACAACGUCCGUAGCGCUUUGCUGGAGGCCAUAGAAAGUUCAAAACAAGGUUUUCAUCCUCUGUCUUCGCAUGACUUGCCGAGAGCUGUUUAUUGUAUGGAUAACCACACAAUUGUCCCAGACCCUCUUUGCUAUACUCUGAUCACACCAGAUGAAACUGAGAAGUUCUUUGAUCCUUCGCUUUCUGUCAGAGAAAUCCAAAAUGAAGGAUUUAAGCUAGUUCAAGGCGUGUCUAUUGGCGUUAGAAAAGCGUUUUCGAGACGAUAUAACUCGGGACCCUCAAGGACCGAUGGUUUUGGCGGAUGGGAGGCAGAGAAAGAAAAUUCUACUUUGAAAUUAAAAAUUGAUUUACCACAAAAAAGGAUUUUGGGAGGCAAUGUUAACCGAAAGGUUGCUAUAGUGUUCCGUACGAACGGCUAUGGUGGAAAAGCAAAGGUUUGGUUAGAGAAUUACAAACCUGAAAUAGUUGUCGAUGCAUAUUCUCCAUUCGGAUUCACAAGACUCGUCACCGUGACACGUCACGUGACACCUGGAAGUCACGUGUUAACCGUCAAAGUGGUAAAAGCAGGGAAAUUUUUCUUGUGUGGUGUUAUGGCUGCAGGGAAGUCUGUGUUAUAGUUGCGAACUAGGAAUGGCGGGUUAUAGAACUUACCUUUUUAACCCAUUUGUAUCUGUAGUGUUCACACCUUCUGUUGUCCAUGGCAGGGAUAUUUGAAUACGUCGUCAAAUAUCUGUGUUUUCGCAAAAAAGCAUCCUACACUGUGCUGAUCGCUGUGCGGUUAAAAGUCUCCGUGUUACAGAACAGUGUAAGUUUAAUUUGAAUUAAGAAAAACUACAGUGCUGUCCCCAUUUUUUGUGUUAUAAAUGCAACCAAUUUAUCUAAUGUGGAUUCGGUAGAAACACGACUUUAAACCAAUCAGCGUGCGUAUUAUCUUCGGGCUAUUUAGUCCUAAGAAAAUACGCUGAUUGGUUUCUCUGACUCGGUAGAAACACAGAACUAGCACGAGCAGGUGACGUGAUGAUGGCGGGAGCAAAGAGAAUUUACAUUUUGAUAAUCUAUCGAGUUAUAGAAACACUCGUGAAAGUUUG